AACAAAAGUGACUAGAACCCAAUGUAGAGCCAGUGUGGCCCAAGAAGACUGACUCCACAGAGAAUGAAGGCCACAGAAAGAAAAUGACAGCAAAGCCUCUACGAACAGCUCUUUCUUUGUUCUUCUUUGCCCUCUCUGGGGUCCUGGGGAGACCAGAAAUCUCAUGCAGAAGUGAAGAUGGCGAAGCUGUGGACUGGUUUAUCUUUUAUAAGUUACCCCAAAUGACUGGCAAUGCAAGUAAGAAGACAAUGGGGCUAGAGUAUCUGUACCUGGACUCUACAAUGGAAACCUGGAGCCAGAGCGACCACCUGAUUGACAGCAACUGGAGCUCUCUGGGAAGGACCUUAUCACAGCUGUAUCAAGCAUAUAAUUCCAAGAAUGACACAGCCUACCUAAUAUACAACGACGGUGUCCCUCCAUCUGUGAAUUACAGCAGAGCAUAUGCACAUACCAAAGGUCUGCUGGUAUGGAACAGAAUGCAGGGGUUCUGGCUGAUACAUUCUGUUCCCAGGUUUCCUCCAGUUCCAGAAUUUGGCUAUGUCUACCCAAACUCGGGGAGGCGAUAUGCACAAAGCGGCAUCUGCAUCACUUUCAAAUACAGCCAGUUUGAGACAAUAGAUACUCAGCUCUUGGUCCUUCAACCACACAUCUACAGCUGUUUCAUCCCAAAAUCCUUUCGCUGGGAACUCAUCCACAUGCCCCAGAUGUGUACCAACUCCAGUUCCUCAAAGAUCCCCAAGCGGCGCCUCGGUGUACUUCAGUCAGCCCAGGGUCUAAACUUCGUCCAUUUUGCAAAAUCAAAUUCUUAUAUUGAUGACAUCUUUGCAGCCUGGAUAGCUCAAAGGCUGAAGACACAUCUGCUAGCAGAAACCUGGCAUCGAAAGAACUAUGAGCUUCCUUCAAACUGUUCGCUGCCUUACCAUGUCUACAACAUCGAGGCCAUUCAGCUAACUCCCAAGACUAACUUCAGUUCUCACCAUGACCAUUCCAAAUGGGGCAUUUCCGUAAAGGGCUCUACAAAUCGUUGGGCCUGUAUUGGAGACCUAAAUCGAAGCCCACACCAAACCUGGAGAGGCGGAGGAUUCAUGUGUACAAAGAAUAGGUACAUUUACCAGUCAUUUCAUAAGUUAGUUCUCCGUUAUAAGUUUUGUUACUAAGCUUGGAGAAAGGUCACACCAAGUGUCCUUGAAAACACUGGCACUGGAACAUCUCUCCUUGGAUCUAGUCUCCAUAUGUUAAAGGCUUCUGAGUGUGCACAACCUAGCAUCCAAUAAAACACCGUGGGUCCACAUUUACCAUUCUAUGUUCAAAUCAGGAGAAAUCUGAGUCAUUUGUAUUUAUCGAAUUAGAAAUCCAAAUCAUUGUAUGUAGGUAAUAACACAAGGGAACAGAAUGAAAUAUUUCCUUCCAGAUAAACCAUCAUCAGUAAUCUAUCUUGUGGAUUAAAUUUCAUCUUUCACAAAGCAACCUUGACUGUCCUGUUUGAAGAAAAUAAAGGUGCUCCCUCCCUCUC